UUCCUUGGUUCGUUCGUUCUUCUUUAUCGUAAAUUCGUAAUAUUUUUAUCCUCUUCGUCUUUCCUCUUUGCAACAUAUAAAUGUUGAUACUCAUUUUUCUUCAAAGAACGGAGAUCUAGUUUUCUAUAUACAUUUUGACGUAUGGCAAAAUGGUGGUUCACUGAUAGUAAAGUUCACUCUUCAUUCAAUGAUAAUGCAAAAAAAAUAAUAAUAGAUACUAUUAAAAACAAUUAAUAACAGCGAAUAUCAAUAAAUAGUGUUGUGAAUGUGCAAUGUAUAAUAAUUUAUACUGGAUAAAUACUAUCAGACAUUUAGGAAACAACAGUAUUGAGAUAAGCAGGAUGUUAUGAUUACUGCCGCUGACAAAUAAAAUACUGUAACAGUAAUUCAAUAAAUUGAGCACCAUGUCUCAAUGUGAAGUAGGAACUUCCCCAGGAUUUCAUCAGCUCAGUAUUACUAUUGAAGCUGCAAUCCUGCGUAGUUCAUCAUUUCUAAAGCCAAAUCCUUACGUGGAAUUUUCCGUGGACGACAAAAGUCCUCGAAAAACAGAAGUAUCUAAAGCAACUUAUCAGCCAAAAUGGAACGAAGAGUUUACAAUUCUCGUGACACCAUACUCUCAAUUACACUUUCGUUUAUUAGAUCACAGUACGUUUCGCAAGGAUACGAUGAUUGGCGAGAAACGCAUAAGUCUGUUUCAAAUUUUAUCGCAUUACAGCGGUAAACUUGAAAACUUAGAGUUGACCCUAGAUUUAAUAAACGAGAGUAAACACGAUUCGCAGUUAGCCAAAGUCGGUGAAUUAGUAACACUGUUCGAUGGUUUAAAAAUUGAUAUGUCCACCGUAACACCACCAGCAGUAAUAGAGCAAAUGCGUCAACCAGCUUGUACAUCGUCAAUCGGUUCGCACCCAUUAGCAGCUGCGAAUUCUGCCGAUCCGGCAAAUAACCGCAGUAUAUUAAAUGGAGGUAUCCGGGCGUUGAUGCGUGGCCAGGGGACUGAAAACACAGCACCCACGCAACACCGCAGCCCGUAUUUAGUUUACGAACCUAGCGAUUUUGGGCAAUCCGUUAUGGUGAAUGCCAACGGAACGUCACGUAACGUAAUGGGAAACGCAGUUUUGUCUGCAAGGUUGCCGCCGCUCGCCGAAAGUGCAUCUUCAGCACCCAGAACAGUAGUCGGAUCUAUCCGGACUUCUGGUGAGUCCAGUAACGGAUCGUCAAGAUCAAGCGUCGCUGGAUCACGCUUACCUAAAUAUGCUUGUGAUAUCCACACCGUAGGAUUAGCUGGAGCUCAAUCGGAUGAGAAUUCAGCUCCUUCAUCUCGUUUAUCAAUUGAGAAUUCUCGAGAUGACGCAAUUGACCGUCACAGUGAAGUAACGUCACGUGAUAAUCCAACUUCAUCAUUCCCGAUAUUAGAAAAUAACCGCGAUGACAAUAAUUCAUCGGUAACGAUAACCAGCGGAGGAGUCACUGGAAUUAAUACAGCAUCUGGAUUAAGAUUACUCGCAGAACGACGUAAUGAAAAUUCCCAGGCUAUUACAUCAAUGAUGGUACCAGAUGUGUCUCGGCAGCGGUAUGAUAAUGCACCAAUAACGGUGCUUAUGCCAAAUGAUCCGAUAACUCAACCGGCUCCAGCUGAAGCUGCUGCGCAACCUAUCGCUGAGGUUGAACCAGCCGAAGAACCUUUACCUCUUGGGUGGGAUAUGCGCUAUGAUGUCUACGGACGAAGGUAUUACGUCGAUCAUAAUACACGCAGCACUUCCUGGGAGAGACCGCAACCGUUACCACCUGGUUGGGAAGUCCGUCGUGAUCCGCGUGGUAGGAUUUACUAUGUUGAUCAUAACACGCGUAGCACCACUUGGCAGAGACCUAAUACAGAGCGACUUCAACAUUUCCAACAGUGGCAGGGUGAGAGACAGUUUGUUGUUCAGCAGGGUAACCAGAGGUUUCUUUAUCCACAGGCUGGUGGACAGCCUGUUGUUGCCGGUCCGUCGACAAGUGUUGCCACCGACGAAGACGACGCACUUGGACCUUUACCGGCUGGGUGGGAGCGCAGAAAACAGCCAGAAGGACGAGUUUAUUAUGUUAAUCAUAAAAAUAGAACGACGCAAUGGGAGGAUCCUAGAACUCAGGGACAAGAAACAGGUAUUGAUGAACCCCCUCUGCCUGAUGGCUGGGAAAUACGGCUUACUGAAGACGGUGUUAGAUACUUUGUUGAUCAUAAUACACGUACUACUACAUUCCAAGAUCCUAGACCGGGAGCUCCUAAAGGACCAAAAGGUAUUUAUCGCGUACCAAGAGCAUAUGAACGUUCCUUCCGUUGGAAAUUGUCGCAAUUUAGAUUCUUGUGCCAAACAAAUGCAUUACCUAAUCAUAUAAAAAUUAGUGUAAGCAGGCAAACGCUUUUUGAAGAUUCUUACCAUCAAAUAAUGAAUGCCGAGGCUUUUGCAUUGAGACGAAGGUUGUAUAUUAUAUUUAAAGGUGAAGAGGGACUCGAUUAUGGUGGAGUUUCAAGAGAGUGGUUUUUCUUAUUGAGCCAUGAAGUUUUAAAUCCAAUGUACUGUCUUUUUGAGUAUGCCAAUAAAAGUAAUUAUAGUUUACAAAUAAAUCCAGCGUCUUAUGUCAAUCCGGAUCAUCUGCAAUAUUUCAAAUUCAUCGGUAGAUUUAUUGCAAUGGCUUUAUAUCAUGGACGGUUUAUUUAUAGUGGAUUUACGAUGCCUUUUUACAAACGGAUGUUGAAUAAAAAAUUAAUAAUGAAAGAUAUUGAGUCUAUUGAUCCAGAAUUUUACAAGUCACUUAUCUGGAUAAAGGAGAAUAAUAUUGACGAGUGUGGUUUAGAAUUGUAUUAUAGCGUAGAUUUUGAGAUACUUGGUCAAGUUAUUCAUCAUGAGUUGAAAGAGAACGGCGAUAAAAUCCGAGUAGUUGAAGAGAACAAAGAAGAGUAUAUGAGAUUAAUGACAGAGUGGAGAAUGACCCGAGGUAUCGAAGAACAAACAAAAGCCUUUUUGGAAGGUUUUAAUUCGGUUGUACCAUUGGAAUGGCUCAAGUAUUUUGACGAGCGUGAACUUGAACUGAUGCUUUGUGGCAUGCAGGAAAUAGACGUUGAUGAUUGGCAACGUAAUUCAAUCUACCGACAUUACACGAGGAAUAGUAAACAAGUAUUGUGGUUCUGGCAGUUUGUACGGACGACAGACAAUGAAAAGAGAGCGAGAUUACUGCAAUUUGUUACGGGAACUUGCCGCGUACCUGUUGGUGGUUUUGCAGAAUUAAUGGGAAGUAAUGGACCUCAGCGAUUUUGUAUUGAAAAAGUUGGCAAGGAUACUUGGUUACCAAGAUCACAUACUUGUUUUAACCGGUUGGAUUUACCACCGUACAAAAGUUACGAUCAAAUGGUGGAAAAAUUGAAUUAUGCUAUCGAAGAAACUGAAGGUUUCGGUCAAGAAUAGUAUUGUCACAUUAGUUAUAUCAACCAAAUAAUUACAAUACAAAUCCUCGUUAAAAGUGAUCACUGUUAAUUUUACUAUUUUGUUGUGUCAAUUGACAGUUGUAAAUUUAUCACAACUAUACAGGUAAUAAGCAUAAAAUUUCAGUUUUAAUAUUUAAAUAUCAAAUUCAAAUCAUUAAAAGACAUAGAAAAAAAAUCAA